AUGGCCAUGACGCCUGCCACUCUGGCCCCCGAGCAGACUCAUGCGCUCUUUGACAUUCUGUCCCAUCAUGAGACGUACGCAGAGAUCGAGGGCUUCAAGUUUCCCGACGCCGUGACGGGCUAUGGGUAUCCCUUUGCCAAAACCACGGUUGAGCCUCAGGCUCCGCCGGCUCCCGCGCCCAGCACCGGUUGGAGGAGCUGGGCUGGAACGCCCGCUACUUCUACACCUGCGACGCCGCGGUCGAGGACUCCGGUUGCUGGUAAGGAGCCUGUCAGUGAGGCUGUCAGUGAGAGCAAAGAGGAGGAUGUCGGGCCGUCGGAGUCACCUGUUCUGCAGACGAUGCUUUCGCGGUUUGUGUUACCCCUCCCGGGUGUGAGGGAUCUACCGCGGGAGUACUGGUCCGUUAGGGUACAGGGGCUUUUGGCGAGACUAGGAGAGGCCGAGUUGUCCGAGAGCUACGAUAAAGGUGCCCUGGGAACCAGGAAGGUGUUAGCGACUGGAGCUAGCGGGCUGCUCGAGAUGAUCGGUCGAGGAGCUUUGGGCGGCGUUAAGAGAACACACAGGCCGGAGAUGAAGCCAAAGGGUGGUAAAGAGGAUGAGUAUGAUCGAACCAAGGCUGCGGACCUCGUGAGAGCUUGGGAUGACGUUGUGGAGGGUUUGGUAUAUGGAGGUUUGGUCGACGAAAUGUUUGACCACUUCAUCAAGACUGACGACCUCGAGUCUCACUCUCCAGUCAUCAAGGCUGCGGCAGAGUAUGCAAUUAUUCACCUCGCCACCUUGAUUCAUCACAUCUUUGUCCUCUCCCCUGAGGGCCAAUACUUGCUCAAGCUUCUCGAAAACGUCCACAACCUUAUCCCCUACAAGAUGGUUAAGCAGACCCUGCGGAUGGGAAACGCUGCUACCAUGAUUAGUGCCAUGAUGCGCCUGCUUCUCGCUAAGCUGAGCGUCACGAGUGUCACUAACUGGAUCGGCUUGACGGCUAAUGCUGACGAUGGGAUGAACUUGUUGCAGCGCAUCAUAUCUCUCGUGUUAUCUUGGGACGCGGGAGAGUUCCGCAAGGGCGCCGACAAGAUUGAGAAAGCCAAGGAACGACCGAGUGAUGAGAUGCUCGAGGCGAUCCGGCAGUACAUCGCCCUAGGCCGUGCUGAGCAUGAGACUGUGAGGAAGGCCAGUGCAAAGCAUUCUCAGUCCAUCAUCGUCGCCAUUUUCAACGGCUCCAACCCGGCUCUGACGAGUGAGCUCACCGAUCAAAAGCACGCUCAGUGCCUCGAGUACUAUUCCGCCUUGCUAUCCGUCCGAGACCGCGAAAACAUCACAACCGCGUUCUGCCGGCAGCCCCCUGACCUCUUCACCGCGGCGGUCAAGGACGUAUUUGCCGCGUAUGAGCCAAUCCUCCGCACGGUGCAUUCCCAGGUAGACCUGCGCGAGCACGUCGAGGCAGGUCAGUUGUUUAUCGACGACUUUAUCAAGACCAGCAAGCCCAAGAAGGCCGAUGCAGGCACCUCGACGCCACUCAAGAUGCCGAGCGUGGAUGACUAUGUCGAUUUGCUCAUGAGGAACCGAGGGCUCAUGUAUAAGUGGGUUCACUCGCUUGCGGCGUCGUGUCCGGAUGUGUGGAGUGAGAUGAGGGUGUGGGCAAAGGAUGCUGUUCUCAAGUUUCAGCAAGAGCGGAAACCUUGCGAAACUCCAGGCAAGGAAGGCAAUGCCAAUGCUAAUAAGGCCAAUGGUACGAGCGACAUGAGCACCAUGGACGAACGACUCCAUGAGCUGUUUCGGUCACUUCCGCAGACUUCUCAACAACCUGUCCUCAACGCCCUCGACAAUCAUGCUGCGUAUCUCGCCCAGCUAGAGGCUCUCUCGAUCUGUCGUCUCCAACGCAUCAUCGACUCUGACGAUUCAGACUCUGACAACAUGUCAGGGCCAGGGGUGUACCUCUCACGUUGGCAGAGUCUCCUAGAAGAUACAGCCAUCACCCCAGGCACGCCAAAGGGACCUCUCCGACAUGGAAAGGAUGUGAAGCAUACCUUGACUAUGGGUAAGACGGGGGUAGCAGGUGCAGAGAAGGCAAGAGAGGUCGCACUUGAGGCGGCGCUUCGAGAGAUGGAGGAGGGACCUGAGGCUCCGGAUGUAAACGUUGUUUUGAAGGAGAUGGCUGAGGGAUUCCGUAAGAUACUUCAAGACAUUCAAGGGGAGGAGAAGUAA